AUGGAUAUAGAAGUCUGGGAUCUACAAAUUGAAUCUAGUACAUCGCAAAUUAAAGUUCAAGAAGAAGAAUUAAGCAAAGAAGAUUUAUUGGAUAUUAUUUCAGAUUAUUCAGAUUAUACAUCAGAAAAAGAAUCUAUAGAUCUUGAACAAGCUAGAAUUCAGUCAAAUUACAUAGAAUUAAACAACAAAUCACAAAAUCCAGAAGAAUUUUUGUCAGAAUCAGAAUUGUACGAAUCAGAUAUUAUACUUGAUAUCUCUGAAGAUAUACCAAAAAAUACUAAGAAAUGCAAGCAGAUUGAUGAAAAUAUUUAUCAAAAUUUUGAACAGAAAAACAAAGAUAAUCCUGAAUUUAAACGGAUGAAAG